CCAUUUUUUUUCAAGAUACGAUCCAGCUUACACUUUUUAUUUUAAUCUUUCAACAACAUGUCCCAGAUGAGAAAGAGUAUUCGUUGGCCCAAGUUGAAAUCUCCCUUCAGAAGGGCUGGCAGAUCACCGAUAGAAGAUGCCGAUAGCUUGUCAAGCGUAAAUGAUGAAUACAUGGAAGCUUUCAGAACAAAAUCUUAUACAGAUAUGUGGGACAAAGUUCAUGACCAGCUAGAAAGUACAAGCAUGAAGAGACCUUCUUCAUCGACUUCUCUUUCACUUCACACGCAUCUCUCCGAAAGCUUACUUGAACCACGGCAAGAAACCCUAGCAGAAAUGAUACAAGGCAUGGAUCUUCAUCACCUUCUAAUUGACUAUUUUAAAGCCAGCUUAGAAGCAUGUAAGAUUUGUGAGAUACUCCUUCAAAGUGUACAUCAAACGCAUGCUAAUUAUCGAAAAAUCAAAAGAGUUAUCAAGCUAAGUAGAAGUGUGCACGAUUCUGAAGAUUACACUGAUGACCAAUGUAAGGUUAUUUUUGGAAAGCUUGCUGCAUUUGCAUCAAUGAAAAACCCGUUAUCGAUUAUUAGCCCGGAACAAUUUCGUGAAACUCGUGAUGGCUACAUGGUGUUGCUCCAAAGGCUUACAUCAAAACAUAGAAAGAUUAAAAGGAAUGUAAGAUUUGGUAAAAUAUGGAAGAAAGUUGGCGGGGUUGCUCUUGUUAUGUCUCAUACUGCAAUUCUGAUUCUGUUGCUACUCUUUGCAUUGCAUAGCAUUGUGGGAAUUGUUGCUGCACCAGCGCUUCUUGCUUGUUCCUUGGGUCUAUGUACGAAGAAAAUGAAGGGAGCUUGGGGAGGGCUCAAGGCAAAAUUGCCUGGAAAACUUGAUGAGCAAAUUGAUGUUGCUGCCAAAGGGGUUUAUAUAUUAGUCAAUGAUUUUGAUACGAUGAGUCGGAUGGUUAAGAGAUUACAUGACGAAGUAGAACACCGAAAAGCUGUGGCGGAUAUAUGUGUUAAGAGCGGAAAAUUUGAGAUAUUGAAGGAGGUUGUGAGGGACUUUCAUGUCCAUGAGUCAAGCUUCCAGGAACAAUUAGAAGAGCUUGAAGAACAUAUCUACUUGUGCUUUCUCACAAUAAACAGAUCUAGGAGGCUUGUAAUUCAAGAGAUAAUGGUAGCCCACCAUUGACACACACAUAUUUACAUACUUUUGUGAUCAUGUUUGUGAAGGUAGGUACUAAUCAUCUGCAAAUAGAUAGUGACAGUACAUGUUGAAUCAUAAGAGUCUUGUUUGAGAUGAAAUUCCUCACGAUUGUUUUGUUGUGGGAUAGAUUUUGUCAAUCAACAAAGAAGAGACCUUUUACGGUGAAGACUAAUUGCGGAUGUUUUAAACUUUUUUUUGGACAAUUCAGAUAGUACAGAUGUUUAUAAUUUACUCAAGUUCUUUUGAAACAUGAUUUGUAAUUUAUUUAUGCCUAUACAUGGCUUUAACAGUACUAUGUCAAAUUAUGAAAUUCGAUUAGUAUUCUCCCUUUUCGGGCUCCUCA